CCAGGACACCAUGUGCACAAGUCUGCUCACGUUACAGAAACCGUAACAUCCUGUAACGGUUGGGUCAUGAGGCUGUUACGGAAGCGGAAAUGCGUCUGCUUUCUCAUUAUCGUUCUGAGUGUGAUACUCUCCCUUACAAUCACACAGACCCUGGUCAUCGACCUGACCAGGGUCCGGCUAGAGGACCCAGACCUGGAAGUCUCCACCCCUGACGACAGGCAGCUCAUGGGUCAGGUCAGGUACCUGGACUUCAGCCCCGGCAACGUCACCGGGCAGCCCCCUCCCUGCAAGCCAAUCACCAACGUCGCUUUCGUCAAAGUCCACAAAGCCGGUAGCUCCACGAUCGCCAACAUCCUACAGCGUUACGGGAUCCUGAACUACUUGAGCUUCGCGCUCCCCAACACCAAGUUCCACAGCUACGGCUACAACUACAUAUCACGUGCGGGCGAUGUACUCACCCAGGACAAGGUGGUGCCGCUCCCACCUGGUAAACAAUACAACAUCCUAUUCAACCACGCCAUCUACAACAGGACAGCAUUCCACCUCAUCAUGCCUGAAGACACGGCUUACAUUUCCAUUCUACGGGAACCUUUCCAGCAGUUCGUCUCCACAUUUGAGUACUACCGUGUUGACAAAUACUUUGCGUCCAGAGUUGCAAAAAUGCGCAACGCCACAAAUCCUAUAUCCUUGUACCUGUCUAAUCCCAAAGCGUUUGAACGGGUACAGUCCCAUUUUUCCUAUAUAAAAAAUAAACAAUCCGAGGAUUUAGGACUAAGCCGGGACGAAUACUACAGCCCUUUAAAACUUAACGCUUACCUAGACCAAAUGGACAAAGAUUUUAAGCUAGUCAUGAUCUUGGAGCACUUCGACGAGUCGCUCCUGCUUCUCAAACACGAGUUGUGCUGGAGUAUUAAAGAUAUUUUGUACAUUCCAAAAAACGCCAACAAGAAAAAACCGCAGAGAAACUUCACCGACACCGAUUAUGAAAACCACCGGAAAUACAACCACUUAGACUACGCCGUGUACCAUCACUUCCUCAGGAAGUUCACCGCCAAACUCAGCGCUCAGAAACCGGAAUUUUUCCACGAACUCGCGCACUACAAGCAAUUACUUCUGGACGUUAAAGAAAGCUGUUCGGAUUAUUCUUCGUAUUACGUCGCACAGACAAAAUGGCACGAUUCGUUUUACGUCACGGAGAAAGAUUGUAAACUGAUGCUCAUGUCCGAGUUAUCCGGACUGGACUAUCUAUUCCUGAGGUCUGGUCAUGUCUCUAGUGAAGAAUACAAAGCGUUGUAUAAACUCAAAACUCAAAGAGAGAAACCCAGGGAGUACGGAAAGCUCGUUUAGCAUUAGCCAUAUUCUUCAUGAGCGCCAGAAGCUGUUGAAUACAUGUGUUAUCAUUGUCUUGUUUCAGCAAAGUAUUCAUCAUUUAUUUUCUCAGUAUUCCAAACAUCAUGUGACUUGAGUGAAGUCAGUGUGUAUGAAUUAUUUUAUUGGGUCAGUAAUACCUCUCAGACAAUGUACUGUAUCAGUCACUCAGUGGAUUAUCGCAAUCAGCGCACGAUCCCUUCAUCUCAGUGGGUGACGUCGCCAUGUUUACAACAUUCCUUCUCACUCAUCACCUUCAGUCAUCACUCAAAGAAAGAUUUUAUUAGGGGAUCUCAGGGGGUCAACCUUCUGUUUAUUUGAAGUUGUAUAUAGAAUGUGCGGUGUGGCAUGAACUUGUGGAUGAUGUGUUCAAAUAAUAAAAUAAAAAAAUGUCA